GAAACCUCGGCCUUACUUACUUUAAGUUUAGCUUUCAAAUCAAUAGGCAUUAUAUAUGGUGAUAUUGGUACUUCUCCCUUAUAUGUAUUCACUGGAAUAUUUUCGGAUCCACCUACGGACCCUCAAGACGUUUAUGGUGCAUUAUCUUUGAUCAUCUGGUCAUUGACAAUCGUGCCAUUGAUAAAGUACGUUUUCAUAGUACUCAGAGCGGAUGAUAAUGGUGAAGGUGGCACUUUUGCUUUAUAUUCUUUAUUAUGUCGUCAUUCUGGACUCUCUGUACGCGGAAAUGAGAAUUCUGAUGACUUAACGAUUGCGAAUUACGAUACUAUGUCAAUUAUUAGUUCUAAAGAACACCCAAACUUUAUCAAGCGCAGUAAGACUGUGCAGUCUAUUUUACUCAUUGUAGUCCUUCUCGGCUCUUCCUUAGUUAUGAGUGAUGGUCUGCUAACUCCUGCUAUUUCCGUAAUUUCCGCCGUUGAGGGUAUGGAAAUCCCUGUGCCAAGUUUACAAUCAGCUGUUGUUCCUCUUAGCUGUGUAGAAGCUUUGUUUGCAGACCUAGGACAUUUUAAUCGCAGAGCCAUUCAAAUCUCUUUCCCAUGUUUUGUUUAUAUUCCUUUGGUUUUAGUUUAUUCAGGCCAAGCUGCUCGUUUAAUUAUAGAUCCCAAUGUAAUUGGAAAUACUUUUUGGAAAACUACUCCUGAUCACCCUGCUGUUUAUUGGAUUGUAUUUAUUUUAGCUAUUUUAGCUACAAUUAUAGCUUCCCAAGCUAUGAUUUCUGCUACUUUUUCUUUAAUUUAUCAAUCUAUGCAAUUAGAUUGCUUUCCUGAAGUCAAGGUAAUACCAAUUUUUAUUACAGGGUAUAAAAUAUCUGUUGCAUCUGUGAUGAUUAUCACCACAACACUCUUAGCAAUUGUAAUUCAUCAAGUUUGGCAUCUUCCUAUUUUUGUUUCAGUCAUAUUUUUUCUUAUUUUUGGCAUUGUUGAUGCUUCAUUUUUGGGUGCAACUUUACGGAAAGUUGAGAAUGGUGGUUGGCUUACUUUGCUUGUGGCUAUAUGUCUUACUAUUACUAUGACUAUAUGGAGAUGGGGUACUGUUCGUAAGAUACGUUAUGAACUCAUACAUAAACCCAAUCUUGGUAAAAUUUUUGAAAAUUCUGGAAAACCUGAAGAAGCUAUUUCUUCUAGUAUCACUAUAAAUGAAGUUUCUCAAAUCUCUCAAGAGAUUUUACAUCAAGAUGAGAAAGUUGACGUAGUACAGCUUCGUAUAUCAGGCUCUGAAAAUCAUUUAACACGUUCUUCGGGUAUUGGCCUAUUCUAUAGUGGUAUUGGUUCUAAGGUCCCUCUUUCUUUCUCUCAUUUUAUAAAACACUUCCCAAUAGUACCUCAAAAUCUCGUUUUUAUCACAAUUCGACCUAUAGCUGUUCCAAUAGUUGGUGAUAAUGAUCGUUUAGUUGUGAAAAAAGUUGGGAAUUAUGAAUGUUGUUAUCAUGCGACUGCUAGAUAUGGUUAUUCAGAAGAAGUUUCACAAGGAAAAGACUUUAUUUUAAAAUUAGUUGAAUCAAUUAAAAAUAUUGACCCUUCUAACAAAUCUUUAAAGAAAGACUUUGAUAAUCUUGAUGAUAUUACUUACGUUUUAGGCGAACAAUCAUUUUAUCCUAGACUUGGUUCUUCAUGGUGGAGAAGAUCUUUGGUUAGAAUAUAUUCUGUUUUGGUAGUUAAUUCUAGAAAUCAAUAUGAUAACUUGGAUAUUCCUGUUGAAAAUACUAUCGGUGUUGGUAUGAAAAUUGCGCUUUAA